AUGGACAUCGAAGACUUGGCGAAGCUGGCCGGCCAGUUCGAUGGCUCUACCCUGGUCACUCCCAAGACCCUGCAGGAAGUGGUGUCCACUGGCAACUGCAUGGGGUGCGGCAUUUGCGAGAGCAUCGUAGGGUCGGACUUCAUCAAGAUGGAGGUCAUCCCACCAAAACGGCGCAUGAGGCCUGUGUUCCUGAAGGAAGCACCUCCGGAUCGAGUCGCCAAAGCUAUUGCGGCUUGUCCGGGCGCGCAGGUCGGUGGCUUACCGGGUUGGCGGCCUUCCAGUGGGCUCGAAGCCUUUGUUGGCCAGGCAAAAUCCAUCCAGAAGGGCUUUGCCAGUGAUCCCGAGAUCCGCUUUAAAGCGGCCGCCGCGGGUGGGCUGACCUCUCUCUCCAUUCACAUGAUCGAGUCGGGUCAGGUGAAGUUUGUGCUCCACGUCAAGGCCUGCGCCAUGUACGAUGACAUCGCCACGCAAGGGUCCAAACUGAGCUUUUCUCGUGCGGAGGUCUUCGAAGGCCGGGGCUCCCGCUAUGGUCCUGUGGCGCCUCUCAAGUCCCUGGAGGAUGCUCUUGCACGUGCUGAGCCCUUCGCGUUGGUGGCAAAGCCUUGCGACAUCAACGCCGCGCGCAACUAUGCGCUCAUUGACAAGCGCGUGGAUGAAUUCUGCAAAUGCAUGAUGACAAUCUCCUGUGGCACCUACGCAGAUAACGAAUGCGUGGACCGCUUCCUGGGCAACCGAAAUAUCGCUCACGAAGAGGUGGAGGAGUGGCGAUGGCGGGGCCAUGGCUGCCCGGGUCCAUGUCCGUACGUGAAGAGCAAGGACGGGAGUGAGGCCAGCUUGGACUAUGUGGACUACUGGUUUCUGAACGGUGUAGACUCGGGGCCGCUGACCUAUCAGUGGCGUUGCAAGAUGUGCGCUGACUUCAUAGGCUACCAGGCAGACGUUGUCGUCAUGGAUUGCUGGCCUGGCGGUACACCCGAGCGGAAGUCGGAGAUCACAGAGGCCCGAAAGCACGAAUGGGACGGCUGGGUGCUCGUCAUCGCACGUACGGACCGAGGGCACGAUGUCGUCGAGUCGGCGAAGGCAGCUGGUCUUCUCUCCUUGGCCCCGGCGGAGUCUAUGGAGGUUCUGACAACGCAGCCACACCAAGCGCGCAGAGCAGGCUCUAACUUCAUUCGCCGCACAGCACACGCCCAACUCAGCCAACCGCUGACCGCAUUGGAUCCCGCCGCGGCAGCCCGGGUGGCGCGUUGGGCUCUAGACAAGUCCUUCAUGGAUGAAGUGCUGAGAACUGGCAAGCCAGCUCCGGAGACCCCGGAGGCGGCGGCGGAGCUCCGAGCGUUGCUGGGCAGCGAGCCCUGGGCCGAGGCUCUCCUCCAGUUGCCGCAAGAGCAUUUGGCGUAUCACUGGGACAACUACAAGGGCGCCAGGAAGCGCCUCGAGCGCGGUGAUGCGGUUGAAGCCGCAAAGUGUGAGUUCUGA